ACGCUAGAGGGCUUUCUUGCUCCAUCACUCCCCAUCACCACCCCGACUUGUAUCAGUUCUUUUCAGUGGGGAGAGUAUUUUCUUGGACCAGGCCUUCUCUUGUACUAGUUUUCCUCUUUUCUUUAUUCAUUAGUUUUUCCAGCAGUACGACAGGGCUCGCUUCUUGCCUACGAACGUCCAGUCUGUGUCGACAAGGUGUCGUUGGCCGCUCGCGAUGGCGACGUUUGUCAACUGUAGGCAGCUUAGUAGACGUUCACGAUAUGGUCGCGUGUCGUUCAUCUGCGCGUCAAUCGUCGCGCUUCUAGUUACCGCGGGGACCGGCGCUUGGGCUCGCCAGUAUGUGACGGCAGCGCCGACCAAGGAGCAAAUUAAAGCGGAAGUAAAGAAGAUGGCGGAUCACGUUAACGCUCAUUACCCGAAUUACGUCAAGUUCGCGAAUGCCGUGAAGGCCGCCAUGUCGCUGAAUUAUGACGUGUCCGCGCUAAAGGACGCGACGAUUCUGAUGCCAGAUAACAACGCGUGGGCUGCCUUCACGAAACUCGUCCCGCCGUCUUCCAAGAACUUGCCCAAGAUGUACAACGUCACCGCGUAUCACGUGCUUAUAACGAAGAUGACUUUAGCGUUUCUGAGGAAGCAGAAGCCAAGGGCGUUCGCGACGAUGUUGAAGCAGCCUCAAUACAAGCAGACUCCGGUAAACGCUGUGAACGUGUCGUUCGGGCUCCUCCGUUCGCCCAAGCCCAAAUGGUGCACAGUGAUAACCGCGAGAAUUUAUCAGGGCCCCUAUUUCAUAUCCCAUGGCGUGGAUAAUAUCGUCAUUCCCAAGGGUACUCAGGUGCCGUAGCCUCACCAUGGACAGGGUCAGAACCGACUUGCGUUACCUGGAAUACUAUGUGGCAGAAGCAGCAUCGCCUGCAUGCAUUGUUGGGCCGACCCACGGGGUUUUAGGUGGCUGCAGUGUACUACCGUCCCAACCACUGUAGUAACUAGCACAUGUCUCCAACAUCCUCCUUUGUAUUAAAUUCAUGGUUGCCUUCAAUUAAAUAUCCAUAAGGACUCUUCCUGCAGAUCAGUAUUUGUACAAAUAA